GUCAUUUUCCUGGCGUUGCUGGUGGCUUGUACCACUGCCAAGAAAGUUCCCAAAGGCAUCUCCAAAGCUGACAAAGAAUUUUUACGCGCAGUCGAAAAGCAGUUCCAGUUAUACGGAGAUUCCUUAAAAAUCCAAGUCAAAAGAGAGAACAUUACAUCAAGUGAGCCAGGAAAAGGAAAAAGAACUGUCGAAUCCAGCUAUGGUUAUGGUUUCAAUGGAGGAUCCCACCAACAAAACAGUUAUCACUUCUCACAACCAAAAUUUGAAGUGUAUCCUUACUCUCAGCAUGAUCUAGUGCCCCAAGCACAUCAUAUUGAAGCUUACAAAAGGUUGAAUCAUGGAUUUAAUUUGCAGCAGAACCAUGGAAGUGGUUAUAGCACACAUUCUCAAAUUCAGGACUUUGGUGGACACCAAUCGCAUGGUGGGCACCAAUCAUAUGGUGGACAUGAAGAUCAAACUGUACCAGUUAUUGUUCUUCGAGUUCCUGGUCCACCAGCCUACGCUGCACAUUUGCAAGCUUUGCUGCAAGCCUAUAUUUUAUCUAGGACUGAACAAUUGAGACAACAACACAGAACUUUAUCACAAAGUUAUGGUACCCCAUUAGCAGCACCGUUGUCUCAUUAUGAACCAAGUCAUAAACAGCACGUGCAAGUUCAUAAUGUGGAACAGUCAAACCAAGUUCUUGAACAACACGAAGUGCAGCAUCCCGUACAACAAUCCAAUCAUUAUUUACCAGUACAGGAAAACCAUCAACAGAAAGAAGUAGUUCAGUACUACCAAACCCAGCAACAAGCUCAUGAAGAACCAAGUGCUGAAUAUGGAGUUCCAGAGCAACAAGUGCAAUAUGUUGAUCAAGGCGAAGAACAAGUCCACCAACCUCAUAAUCAACAAUACACUCAGCAAGAACAAGUGCAAUAUGUACUUCCACAACAAAACUAUGCUUUACAAUACGUUUCAGGACACCACCAUCAAGCUUCUAGUUUACCAACUAACGAAAAUUAUCCAUCAGAAAGCCAUACCCAGGUAAUAUUUCCAACUCACCAACAAUAUUUAGCAACAAGACCUAAAUACGCCUACGUCCAUCAUGACAUCUCUGGUACCCAUGAAGAACCUCCAGCAUCUCCUGCUGCUCAAUACAGGGAAAGCAUGUAUUUGCCUCAUGUUGGUGGAGAAAAAGGUCCUUAUAACUACCAUGCCCAUACCCAACAGGAUGCCCAAGGAUCUGAACGAGUUUACUCAAGGGAACAAUAUAGGAAGUAUAAUCAAUUGAUAGCAAAACUACGGCGGGGUUUGACAACAAAACAACAAUAG